AUGCCUUCUACACUUCUACUGGCUCAAAACGCGACUACUACAGACGUGGAUGAUCUCCCUUACCCGAGGAAUGCGAAGGAUGUUUCAAUAUUAAUGUACCGUGUGGCGAGUUUCCUGUUUCCUCUCAUCAACGGAACCGGCGCUAGUUUAAUCGCGCUACCUCUUCAAAUACCGAAAUCUAUUUUAUUUUUGGCCGAUUUACCGAUGAGAAUCAUCAACUUCAUCUACGAGCAAAUUAAGGGAUUUUUUGUCUCGUUACUGUCGGGGGAUAGCGAUGGUGCCACAGGCGGUAGUAAAAGAUAA